AUGGAUCACCAUCCAUUAGACGGUACGUCGACGAGUCGGACAAUAUCUCAAUCAAAACGAAAAUUUCCAUUGAGUUAUGUACUUCCAAAAUUUGAUGCAGCAUUUAAUUUGGCUGCUCAAGAUCCAUCACCGGCAGAAUUUGGAGUGCGAUGUAGAAAGAAACAACAAUUAGUUAAAACAAUUCGGGACGAUGUAGUCAGUACUAAUGGAAUCGAUUUCUAUCCGACAUCGUGUGAAUUCGAUCGAAUGGCGGUCAGUGUCAAAAAUCAGUAUCCAGCAUUAUACAAAAUAUUUGGUGCAGAUAUGAGUUUACUGACGUCAGCAUUAAAACAACAAUUCUCUCGAGAUCGUCAGAUGUCUGGUUCUCCAUCUGAAGUUGUGACGAAAAAACGGCUAUCACAUGGGCAUCCAAGCUCUGGACGAAAACUAAAAUUUGUAAAGGUUGAACUAGUAGCUCGGCGAAAAUAUCUGAUGGAGGAAAAACAGCAAUCAGAAGAAAGUUUGAUGCAACUAUCACAACAAGCAGAGUCGAUGCGUGUUUUAAUGAAUACUACAAAUUAUGAUUCCGGACAAAUUAAAUCCAAAAUGGAUAUAACAUAUCCACAUCGUCAACGUAUUGUGCGUGAGAUGAAACCAAUCAAAGAAAUUGUCGAGUUGUAUCCAGCUUUAUCAGUGACAAACUUGUUUAUUCGUGAAAUUAAUUGUCAUUGUGCUCCGUACGAUGGCGACAUUAUUCACGCAUUGAAAUCAAAUUGUUCAAGACUGGUUAAACAUUUAGAGCAACCAGGAAAAGAAAAUACCGACGAAGAAGAAGAGCCAUUUGCCGUAUUGGAGCAUCUUAUUAUGAAACGUUACAAACACUCUAAAAGUUAUUGUUAA